UUUCUAGGAAUGAAUAGUCAUGUUUGGAACCCACCCCAGACCCACCCAGCAUUUCUGUUGAACUGAGAUUAGAUGGGAUCUUCUUUGAAAAACAACAAUUAAUGAAUUAAUUGCGGAUAGUUUAGUAUUUUGAGUAUCUGAGGCUCUGAGAACGAUUUGAGAUUUCCCACCGAGUUUGCUCGACCCGAAAUGAUUUAUUUAUGUUGGCAACGUCCAAAAAUUGCGAUGUGUCAAAUGUCGUCAGCUAUUCUUUUGAUUUUCAUUUUUUGAUCGAGCCUUUUGUCAAUUUUAACCGGUGAAUAAUUCGUCAACGAUCACUAUGAGUUCUGCACAGGAAUUAAGAGGAGAUGCUGCUGCGAAAGUGAAUUUUCCGCUUUAUGCGGUCGAUAUGUUGACCGACCGACAUUUUGUCGUUGCCGGUGGAGGUGGGGCAGCCAAAACAGGAGUUUCAAACGGAUUUGCAAUUUACCAGCUAACCUUCAAUGGAGAACAAUGUGUGGCCACUCAAGUUGGGAAACAUGACACAGGAAGUCGUGCAGUCAUGAACUGCACCUCCUACGAGGAUACCAAAUCCAAGUGCAAAAAACUUUACUUUGUUGCUGGGCUAGAUGACCAUUCCCAACUCUAUUUCAUCAAUAAAAAGUUCGAGAUUGCUAGAAGCUACAGUUACAGUGAUCAAAAUGAAAAUGAAAAGAGUCCAGAUAACUCUGUUAGGAAGAGAAAACCAUCUGAAAAGGAAAGUGACGGCAAUUCAAUCAAAUCUCCAGAGUCUCUUCGAAAAGGAUUACUCAGCCAGAGAAGAUUAAGAAUGUUAGCGCAUCCAUUGGAUAGCAUAAAAACAGACAUGAGCCCAGCAGAAGAGUCCUUCCAAAAAGUAGUGAGAAUCAGUUCAAAUGGCAAACUGAUGGCAACUGGUGGAUGUGAUGGCUACAUCCGUCUGUGGCAGUUUCCUUCCUUGAAACCGUUGAGGGACAUCAAAGCCCAUGAAAAGGAAGUUGACGAUAUCGAUUUUAGCCCUGAUUGUCAAAAAAUUGUUAGUGUAUCGAAAGAUGGUAGUGCGUUUGUCUGGAAUACCAAAGAUGGCAACAAGCUAUGUCAGCUUGAAUGGAGCCGUCCAGAAGAUGCAAAAUACCUAUUUAAGCGAUGCAGAUUCUCGGAAAGUGAUGGUGAUGGUCAACGACCACGGCUGUUUACCAUCACCAACCCAAUCAAAUCGAAACUACCCAGCUUUCUUCAACUAUGGGACACGUCCAGUUUUCUCCUCAUCAAAAGUGUUCCCUACAAUCUUUCACCCAUAUCUGCUCUAGCGACGAGUCCAUGCGGAAAAUUCGUGGCGAUCGGCUCCAUGUUUGGCGGAUGUAUUGACAUUUACACUACAUUCAACCUAAAGUUAGUUAAACAUAUCGAAAAUGCUCAUUCGAAUUUCAUUACGGGGUUAGCCUUCGUUCCUUGUCACAUGGAGAUUGGACAGAACAUUACGGGACUAAGCGAAGGAGCUGUUGUCAGCAUUUCCGUUGACAAUCAGAUCCGCGUCCACCGAAUACCUCACCGGCAACAUUUACUUCCUCUUUGGGCUGCUUUACUCGUCAUCGUCGUUGUCGUUUGCCUGGCUUUCACUUUUUGUAGUUACCUGGGUCGAACGAGUGUGGGGGACCAAUGCUAUUUCAGCCAUUCACCUAGAAUUUUUUUAUUUCACUACUCUGCUGUUUUCUCUGGACGAGCCAUGGCAGAUCAACGUCAGUCUAGAAAAAACGAUUAUGAAGAAAUUCCAGGACAAGUUAUCAUGAUGAAAACACUUCCUUCAUUCCAUUAUUCCUUAGAUGAUGAUGGAACGGCGGUAACCAUUCCAGGUUCCCGAGGAUUUGUGCCUCCACCAAUUCUUCUCCAGCGGUCACCACCCAGCUACGGCGAAACCUCGACUUCUCGACAAGUGGCAAAUCUGGAUGGACAUGUACAAUCGGAGGAUCAAGGAGUGAGGCCUAAAUCAUCCCUGUUGCCGGUAGCUGGACUGUCUUCUGAAGAAGGCUAUAAGAGCCAACUUUCGUCCAGUGCUUUCGAUGAGUUUAUCAUUGAAGGUUACGAACAUGUCACGUACGAAACAACUUUGAUCAAACCGCCACCACCGGAACCUAUUUCCGGAGAUGGAGACUCGUCGUCCAGACGUGGAAAUGCUGCAGUGCCGAAUAUUGACGAUCUCACAGCAAGGGAUGCAGUGCUUUCUUACGUAUCCCAGAAUCGCUGUUGGGGCUUGGCGUGUGCACGAGAAAUGACGAUCAUGGACAUCACAGCUUCUUCUGCCUUUCACUAUAAUUUGGAAACAUGUACGGAGAAGAGAACUGCUGUCUGGAUUCAUGAACCAUACACUGGGCAAGUGAUUGAUUCAGCUGACAGAGGGCCUUCACCCAAACCAUGGGAUGUCCUCGUAGUUCCUCCGAAUCCAUACAGGGAAGGCCAAAUAGUUGUGGAAGUACCUCAUUCUGCCCGGGUCGUUAAUUGCUACGAUUGUUCUACGAUGGGUAGGAGAAGAUGUUGGAGCUGUUUCGGCAAUGGAGAAAUUCAAUGCAACGCUUGUAACGGCACAGGGAAAAUACUGGAACAAGAAAGUGGAGGUGCAUCCGAAGCUCAGAGGGCAAAUGCUCCAGUCAUACCUAAGGCUUGCUAUCAAUGUGGCGGAGGAGGCAAGCGCCGUUGUGUCGUUUGCUUGGGACCGGGCCAACUUCCUUGCAAAACCUGCUUGGCACGCGGUCAACUAAAACUGUCGCUUCAAUUGACCGUGUCUUGGAGAUUGUACAAGUCGGAUCGUAUCGUGGAACGUACAGCUGUGCCGGAAUUGCUGAUCCGCUCCGUACAAGGCCGUGUUGCCUUUGAUGAAGAGAAAGCUGCGGUCUGGCCCAUUAAUUUCUUUCCGGAUGAGGCAGUAAAUCAUGCAUCCCGUGAACUUUUAGAUGAACAUCGUGCACGCCUCUCAUCGGAGAAAACCAUAGCUCAGCGUCAGUCGGUGCGAAUGGUCCCUGUCCAUCAGGUGGCUUACGUCUGGCGUAAUUAUCGUGGCUUCUUCUACAUCUACGGUUACGACAACCUCGUCCAUUUUCCGGAUUACCCACAAAAAGCUUGCUGUGGUUUGUCCGAAUUGCUGAGCUGCAGCAUUCAAUAGUAAGUAGAAUUAGUUAGUCACCUACUGUUUCAAAAGGAGGUCAAAUUGCAUGCUGAAAUGGCCAUAAAAUAGGAUCCAUUUCCACUACGUUGUCCUUAAUGUAUGUUGACUAUGCUCACGAUAUAACCAAUAGUUACUGAACUCUGUGACCAGCACUGCUUCAUAGUAAAUAGAUCAAGUUAACUGGCGAAACAUGUUUUUUUUAAUGUGGGCGAGUAACCAUUUUCGUAAUGGUUCGUAAUUGGCUUUUCUUUUGUAAUGUUAUUUUUUACGUAUCGUGACCAUCGUGCAGUUACCAAUGCAAUUACGUGUCAAUUAAAAAUUAAUUCCUUAAAAUUAUUUCAAUUACCAUGUCCUGAAGCGUCAGGUUAAUAUAAAAUCAAGAUUAUUUCGUACUUUCCUUUUUCAUGUAAUCUUGGGUACGGCUAAUACAAUUUCUUUUUAAAUUUGAAAACAAGACAACAGGGAAACUAAAGGAAAUAAAAGUAACCAAACGAAACCUGUAGGAGUGGAGCGGGUUGGUUUGCCAUGUGAAUUAAUUUUAAUUAUUAUUUUUUCUCAAUUUAAUAGAAAUAUCAAGAGCACAACUGGAACGUUGGCCCGACUUCCAAAAAAAAGCUGCUUGAUACUUAUUUAUCGCUCUUCGAUAAUGAGUGUUUCCUGCGGCACUAAUUUCAGUUGACGCAGAGUCUCCGUCGAAUCGACGGCUGUGAGCUGUGAAAUUUCAAAUAGAAAAUUUUAAUUUA